CACUUCAAAACGGCGACUGCCGGUACAAAUCGGAGGACGCGCCGACUUCAGCCAGCCCAUCGCGCAAAGACAAGUUCGCUCAGGUGAACAUUUGGGGACCUUGUGCCCCCCGCCGUCGCGGCCGGGUGAUGUACUCGUCACGGCCAAAUAACGGAACAGAGAGCGAGCCGGCUGCCGUUCGAUCGAGGUGUCCACCGACGGCGCCGACUUUCCCGGCACGGAACGUGGCCGACCAUCGAUUCAGGUGUACACCGACGGUGCCUAUUGUCCCGGCACAGAACGUAACCCCGGCCUCGGAUACGACGUCGUCGCGGCCGAUUGCCGGCUACAAGAACGUGGCCGAUCCUGGAUUCGGGUUCCCGCCGCCGCAGCCGACGACGCCCCGCGAAUUUUACGUGGGCCCGGCAAUGUUUGUGGUGUGGAGACAGUCGGCCCCGAACGUGGCUGGAUGUCCGCCGCCCCCUCCUGUGCCGGAAUUCUACGUGGGCCCGGCGUGGUUUGAUGUCAACGGACCGCCGCCACUUCCGUGUUGCGUGGCGGCUUCGAGGUUCACAUACCCGCCCCCACCGCCCCAACGAUCCGGUCCCGGUGCUGCGGGAGUUGCCGCCGCGGCCGGAAGUGCAUAAACGCUGCACAAGCACGCGUAAGUAAUCUAUAAUUGUUGGACACAAAUUUAAUCGUUAUU